UUAAAUCUACUAAUUCACUAAUUAAUUCAGGCACUGUAUCUAGGACAAAAGGCUAAAAUUCUAAAGCGGAUUCAAAAGAACGACUAUCCAGCUUUUUACGCUACGCCGCUAUAAAAUAUGAAUCACCCCCAGUUGACGGAUCUUGGCAACAUUAUAGCUAUCAUUAUAGCAUCAAUCAUAGUAUGCCAAUGAAAAAACUUGUAACCAAGGAACGUUAGUUUGUUGUUAUCAACAAUUUUAGUUUUCAAAUCGAUUACAAAAUGCCUAUAAAAUGCUGUAUCAAUGGCUGUGGUGCAAAGCAGGGCAAGGAUAAAGUGAGUUUUCAUCGUUUUCCGGCUAUACAAACUGCUCGUGAUGCUAUUCGGAGAGAAUUGUGGGUUGAGGCUGCUGGAAUGUGCGGAAAAAAUGUCACAAGACAAUAUAUCUGUGGACACCAUUUUGAAACCGUCUACAAUCGUAGAUAAACCCGCAGCUUCUAACGAUACAAGUGCCGGAAACUGGAUUCCAACUCUUCGCUUAGGCAUUUAUUCUCACCUUCAUGAUGAAAGUUGUGAUGAUACAGGUUCACUAAAGGAAAUGAAGUUUGGGUGUAACGUUACAGAAUCAAAUGACGAUACGAGUACUGAAGAUAUAAGAGAAGAUUUACCCAUGGACAUAAUACUGGAAGAUGAGGAAGUUCAGGACAUUUUGGACACAGAGGAUAGAAAUAUGAGUACGGAUAAUUUGAACUACUGUGCAAAUGACGAAUAUGAGAUGCAUUUGAAUGAAGAUUGGCUGGAGAACAUUUUAACUGACGCGACCAGUACGGAUCGUGACGCGCUUAUUCUGAAAUAUGAAACUGAAUUAGAUCAAAAGAAUCGCCAAAUUGAAGAUUCAGUAAAAACAAUUGAAGAUCAAAAAAACUUUUGAAGCUUUUCAAAUACGAUCUAGACUGCUUUAAGGACAAUGAUUCGAAAGUGAAGCAUUUCACAGGGUUACCAACAUAUGCUGCUCUCGUGCUUAUUUUUAAUUUUGUCGAAGAAGGUUUGCUUUGUAUUGUUAUAGUGCUACGAAGUUUUAAGUAUUUCAUUUUACAGGAAUGAACACAUUUUCCACAUCGCUCAACAAGCAACAAUCUUUCAUUAUGGUUCUGAUGUAUUUGAGGCUUGGUUUGAGUUUCAAUACCUUGACAUAUGUUUUUGAUGUAUGUCCGGCAACAGUAAUAAAAAACUUCUAUUCGACACUUUA